CAUCGUAGAAGAAGAAUAAAGGUCGCCUAAGGUAGUAAUUCGCUUACAGGCUAACUGACACCAGAGCACCAGAGCGGUGUACGGUGUCAUAACGAGCCCCCGGGUAGCACCACAGUUAGCAUUACAGCUAAGCUUAACAGCAGUUCCCACUGUUAACCGUAGAUGCUGUUAGCCUUUCAGUUAGCAUUGCGGUUCAGUCCGACAGCAGAUCCCGGUGUCAACAAUCGUGACAGUUAGCUCCACAGUUAGCAUCACAGCUCUGACAGCAGUGUCCGCUGUCAGGAAGAAGAGCCGACAUGUUCUCCUCCGUGUAUGUGGGCUAACAUGUUAAUCACACUGUGCUACGUCUACCUGUGGGUGCGGUUCCACAGGUGUUACUCUGUGCUGAUCCGGAACAGUCUGCUCAGACUGAACAGGAGUCGCUUCAGCUUCACCUUCAGCCUGUGCUCCUGCCCGGCCUCAGCACCGCAGCCCGCCGGACUCUGCACCGCAGUCUACCGGCAGCCCAUUCCGCAGCCCCCCGACGAGCAGGAGGAGGAGCGGGUGUUUCUGCAGCUGGGGGACAGAGCCGUGUACGUGACAGAGCCACAGGCAUGUGAUGACCUCAGCAAGUGGACGGUCCUGCUGGGCUCCUCUCUGAUCUGUGGUCCUCGAAUAGAAGACAUUUCAUUCAUCAUUGAGGCUACAGGACACAGAGUGGGCUACCAUUCUCCUCACACAUCCAAUAAGAAAGUGCUGAAGUGGUCCGACUACUGUCUUCCUCUAGCCUGUAGCCCUGGCACGCCGUUCAGAGCGGUGGCUCAGGCUAGCGUGGAUAACUUCAGUCGACUUGGAGUCGCUUUCAUUGAAGAUCGCCUCCAGCUUGACGAUGGGCUCUUGCCUUCAAAGAUAAUCCCUGUCCUCCUCAAAGAGUCCACUCUUAGUGAGCUGUUGGAGAAGCAGUGUCCACAGACCCCAAAGACUGACAGGUCACCAUGUGUCUGUAACACUGAGCCUUCACCUCACCUCCUGUCAGCUGACCACCUGCACUUUCAGUGCCGUAAAGGCAGCCUGCUCCUCCCUCAAGAGGCGAAGAGGAGGUUAGAGGAGCGCAGAGGAUCCGAGCCGCUCCGAAACACCCAGGACCCGGGACCUGAAGGUGUUCCUGAGGACCACUCUUUGGGAAACCACCGCCACAUGGAGGGCCAUGGACACCACCUCCACCUGUCCAGCUGUAACGAGUGUUUGGAACUGGAGAACAGCACAAUCCUGUCGGUGAAAUAUGCCUCAGCAGAAAACAUUCCAGACCUUCCUGAUGAUGACUCUGCGGUGCUGGACAGUGGGGACGAGUCUCUCUCAGAGGACUCUAAAGGGGUCUGUGGUCACGGCAGCAAGAAUGACUCUAACAGCAAACCACCUAAUGUGUUGGUGUACACAGGGGGCUGCAAGGAGCGCCUUCAGACCCUCAAUCAGCUCCUGUCAGAGUGCAUUAACACUGACAACUACACCAUCUACCCUCUCCAACCACAGCAGGCUCUGACUGACCCCUGGAUGGAAAACACCAGGCUCCUGGUCCUGGCAGAGGAGGACACCCUGACCCCCCAGCUUCAGACCCGCUUUCUCACUUACCUGAGCCAAGGGGGGCGGGUCCUGGGGCUGGCCUCCAGCCUGUGCCCUGCAGGCCUCAGUCUGGAAGACAGGCAGCGGAGACCUGAGCAGGUCGGCAGGCUUAGCUUCACUAGAGAGGACAGCACGGAGCUGGAGCUGAGCGUGUUGGCCAGCAGGAAGGUCUACAUCAGGGACAGUCAGGGAGGGGGGCAGGUGGAGCUUUGGGGGGAACUGAAGGGGGACGUCCCUAAUCAGAGGGACAUGGUUAUUGUGAGGGUGACCCAUGGAAGAGACGGAGGAGAGGCUGUGCUGUGUCAGGUCCACCUGGAGCUCUCUCCUGACUCCACUCACCUGACCUCAGGAGGGUUUGAUGAGCUGAAGGUGAGCAACGCUCUGCGCUAUGAGGUCCUAACGGAGAUUCUCUCCUCGCUGGGUCUCAGCUGUGAGCUCAACCAGACCCCGGCUCCUACCCCUGUUUACCUUCUGACAACCUCACAGGAGGUCAAGUCUGUGUUCCUUCAGUGGCUGCAGACACGUGUAGCUCCAGACGGCCUGGUUACCGUGUCUAAAGCCCCCCUCAGGAUGGUGUCCUGCUCGGAGCUCCAGGGUGGAUUUGACCGGCCUCAGGACUCUCUAGUCCUGGUCACAGACUCUCCACAGACUCAGAGCUGGACCCACUUCAAUAUGGAGAUCUACAAAGAGAACCUGAAGACCAGCCUGCUGGGUCAUACUCUGCUGUAUGCAGAAGUGGUCACAUCCACCAUGGACCUGCUGGACGGGCUUAGUCUGCACUCACCGAAGGACGUGGGUUUGAUUGCUGUCACUGCUCGACAGACUAAGGGCCGAGGGCGUGGCAGGAACGCCUGGCUCAGCCCUCUUGGGUGUGCGAUGUUCACUCUGAGCAUUCAGGUGGACCUUAACUCCAAACUAGGACAGAGGAUCCCUUUCCUGCAGCACCUGGUGGCUCUGGCUGUGGUGGAGGCUGUACGCACACUACCUGGAUACCAGGACAUCGAUCUGAGGGUGAAGUGGCCCAAUGAUAUCUACUACAGCAACCUGAUUAAGCUGGGGGGAGUCCUUGUGACGUCCACUAUGAUGGGAUCCACUUUUCAUCUGCUCGUAGGUUGUGGCUUCAACGUGACCAACAGUAACCCCACGGUGUGCAUCAAUGAUCUGAUCCAGCGAUACAACAAGGAGCACAGCUGCAGCCUGCAGCCGCUCAGCUGCCCCCAGCUCAUCGCCCGCUCUGUCACCUGCCUGGAGAACCUCAUCAGCAGCUUCCAGAAGGGGGGCCCUGAUGCCGUGCUGCCCACCUACUACAGCAGAUGGAUUCACAGUGCGACCAAGGUGCGCCUGUGGAGCGAGGAAGGUCUGGAGGUGGACGUUGUGGGUCUGGACCACAACGGUUUUCUGCAGGUCCACAGUAGAGAGCAGGGCCUGGUGUCAGUUGAGCCUGAUGGCAACUCCUUUGACAUGCUGAAGAACCUGGUGGUGAUGAAGCAGCGUUAGGACCAAACUCUGAACCAAAACAGACACAGUUAUGUUCAAACACAUGUUAGUGUUUCACAGAGAGGAGGACUGGCUUUAAAGGCAGCUACAAGAUAGCGUCUCUGUGUUUGGGACCACAGAUUAGAACUUUAUUUAACGGCCUGUAACAACACAAAUUAUUUAACCUGAUGUAAGAAGAGAGCAGCGAUCAUGGCAGCUCCCUCUGUUCAUCGGUUCAGAACAAUAAAGAUUUACACACAAACAUUCUUUACAGUACACCAGGGCGUGUUUACCUGCCAGCACAUAGAGCUCUACAAAACACUCUACCUGGUUCACUACAUCCUAAUCCUCAUUUAUGAAGUCCUGAAUCUGUCGAUAAGAUUCUGAUCCUGGUCUAUAAAACCUUGAGGCUGGUUAAUAAUCCAGAUUAACCAAGGACAAAGUGUCUCAAUGAGAUUCAGAAAAGAUUCAGUGAGCUGACAGUGAAAUGAAUAUACAUCAAUAAAUACAGGGUAAUGACAUUUUUCUGAAGAGUUUUUAUCAGUUUUUAUUCUUUACUGAAAUUUCCAACCUCAGAUGAUCCACUUGCUGAAAGAAUAAAUCUUGCACAGCAGCAGCAGACCUCUGGGGAUUACUUUGAACCCUUUAUGCCAUGACCACGUUUACUGAAGUUUGUUUUACAGGAAAAUAAAGGAUCACCAUUGUCAUGUUA